CUGGAGAGGGCUGGUAAAUCCCCUUUCUCUUUUCUCUUCCUUUUUCCCCUGGCCAGCAAGCUGAGGCCAGCGCUGAGCAGGGAGGAGAACCGCAGCCUGCUGGCAGUGUGCUGCCAGGCUGUCCUGUCCUCUCCUUCCCAGGAGGGGAUGAAGAGGGGCAGGACGGUGCGGGCAGCUCUGAACAUGCAGCUUCUGCACAGGAGAAGUGUUGAAGAUCUGGGCCACCUCAUCGAGACUCUCCUGGCGGCAGAGGAGCCCUCGGCUGGCUUUGAUGAUGUGUUCCUUGUCCUGCAGCACUGGCUGGGCUCCGACAGAGACUGGGAGCGGGAGAGAGCCCUGCGGGUUUGUGCCCGUGUGCUGAGGGCUUGCAAGGAGCGAGCUGAGCUCACGAGAGGACGCCCUUGCCGGCAGCUGGGCUCCCUGGUGGCACUGCUGGUCUCUCUGACCAGUGACUGCCUGGACUCGUCCCGCCACAGGGCAUGGCUCUGCAUCAGCUACCUGGACCAAAUGCAAGUGUCAAGAUAUUCCGGCUGGGCACCGAGCAGCUCCACUGGCUCAGCGUAGCAGCCAUACCCACAGCAUCGGUACCCACAGCAUCGGUACCCGAACGCCUGGCGGAGCAGAUACGAGUAGUAACAAGAGCAGCCGCUUCCAGUCAGUAUCUCCAGCCUCAUUUCUUACCAUCUCGAAUGAAGGCAGUGAAGAAAGUCCAUGCCCAUUUCUAGGCCAGAGCCAUGGCAUGGAAUUGCAGCCCUCUUCUGCUCCUGACAAGAACAAGGUGAAUUGCAUUUCAAAAAGUGGCUCUGCUUUCUUGUCAGCAUCCUCAAGUCACUUAUCCACACACAGGAUCUCACACUUACGGGCACUACACAGAGCCCGACUGUCUCCUCCAGCCCGACACCAGUUUGUUCCAACCCAUUUCUGUGGCGUCCUUGUCUACAAACACAGAUCAAGACAGGGUCUCCUGUGGAACCAGCACAGCACCACAGACCUCUCCGCUCCAGCAAUCGGGUCCUGUUGAGGAAGCUGAAGGACAGAUCCAGAUUGUUUUGACAUUUUGCUGGGCAAUUACAGGGAAAAGGUUGGAACCAGUUGCCUGGACCUUUCUGAUCACACUAUUGGCAUUGUUUUGAUAAUUUCUGGCACUGUCGUAAUUGAACUGUCUGUGUAAUUGCCAGUUUGGUGGCACAUUGAGAAGUUCAGGAGGAUGCAGCAGCUGAUGCUCAGUUGCACUUUCUGCUUGUGAAGACUCCAGUCCUGUGUCCUUCCUGCUUUUUUAAACACUGCUGCAAACAGAGGCUCUCGUCACAGUGACUCACUGCCAGUGAUGUCCGUGUUUCCUCGCUGAGUACCUGACAGCUUCUCUGUGCAAUGGAAAGGGUGAAGAGCACAUGGGAAGCGACCAGAGACUCGCGGUUGCCAAGGCCAGUGCUGCAGGGUGGCUCCUGGGGUGUCUUGUUUCCCUUUGACUCCUCGUGCACACACACGUACAGCCCACAUAGGCCCGUGGCUUUUAUCUGAACGGUUUGAGGCAGAACUGGCGUUUGUAAGAAUCUUUUUUACUGGACAGACCUGUUCUCAUCUGGAACUGAUGUGCACUGAGAUGUAUCUCCAAAGCAAAGCUGGUGAGUCAUUGUCACUUGUUCACAUGAGGUGAAUACAACCUGCGAAAAACACCCUUGCCAUAGAAGCAUCUGAACACUUGUGCAUGUCAGGACUGUGCUUUCUCCGUAUAAUUCCAUAGGUUCAGUGUGUUUUAAUGGUUUUAAGGUUUAAGGUUUUAAUGCACGUGUAUUGAAUUCCAGAGGAAAACUUCGUCUAGUCGGUUAAUUGAAACAGCUUUAGUGGCGUAUGUUACGUGCUAACACACAAAGCAGCGUUGCGGUCUCUGAAACAUGCAUAGAAGGACGUAUAUUUAAGACAAUUCUAGACGUAAACAAGCAUUAUGGUUCUUAUUGGGAUCUUUUGGCAUCUAAACUCUUAAAUGGGGAAAACAUCUGUGAAGCUCCUGCUAGAACAGCUGCAGAGUGGUGAAGAAUGAAUGUGGGACAAAUCACGUUUGGAUGCUUCACUCCUGUCACUUUCAGUCAAUAAAGGAGCCAAAUAACAUGCUUGUGAUUUAUAAACAUUAUUUUAAUGUUCAUGGCUUUUACAUGUUACACAUCCCAGGGUCUCGACUGCUGCAGUUCAUAUAACGUACGGUGAACAGGGAGGCGCUGAGUGUCCCAAAGCACGCCUCAAAUCUGUAGGAUACUCUUACCUGGAAACCUCAUUGGACAUUUACUCUUUGGUUUCUGAGUGUGUUCAACUAGGUAGUAGUUUAUUUUUAAUGCAUCGUAUUAAAUUUAUUUUAAACCGCUUUUUUCUAAUCUGUAAAAUAUGCAAUGUGACUCAAUAUGUUUGAAUUGAAAUGAUUUGUCAGGUGACACGUAGUGGAAAUAAUCUUUAUUAUGACAGUGAUGUUUUUCUCAAGUAUUUUGCCAAGAAAAGUGAAUUUCUCAGA